AUGGACCAUUCAGCCGAUCAAAGGCCUUUUCGAAAUAUUAUAUGCUCAUUCCUGACGUGCCAUAUUCCAAAGGACCUUAGUCCACCGCCUGAUGGCGGAUUUCACGCUUGGAGUCAAGUUCUCUGGUCACACUUUACAGUCUGCAACGCCUGGGGCUAUGUGACUACUUUCGGUGUCUUCCAAACAUACUACACCCAGAAACUCAACGCGAGCCCAUCGGCAAUUUCCUGGAUCGGCAGUGUCCAGGUCUUUCUUCUGUUCUCUUUGGGGGCCUUUUCCGGCCGGAUGUCUGAUGCCGGAUAUUUCAAAGCAGUCUGGGGAUCGGGAGCUCUCCUGACCCUUAUUGGCAUUUUCAUGGCCUCUCUAUCCACGGAAUAUUGGCAGGUCUUCCUAUCACAAGGCCUGUGUCUAGGCAUUGGCAGUGGUCUUAUGUUCUGUCCAAUCCUUUCGCUCCUUCCGACUUACUUUUCUAAAAACCGCUCGUUGGCAAUCGGUCUUGCAGCCACGGGCUCCAGUACCGGCGGUCUUGUUUUCCCAGCGGUGGUCGAUAAUUUGCUCCCGCGAAUCGGAUUCCCAUGGACGAUGCGUAUCCUCGGAUUUCUAACCCUCGCCAUGCUCACCCCCUCGUUCAUCUUCCUCAAGCCGAGGAUGCCCCCGCGUAAAGGCGGUCCUAUAGUGGAGUGGAACGCAUUCAGAGAAUUCAGCUACCUCAUGUUCAGUCUUGGCAUGUUCCUCGUGUUCUGGGGACUCUACGUCGCAUUUUUCUACAUCAGCAGCUUCGCAAGGACCCUUGGCGCCACCCAGUCCGUAUCCAUCAGCCUUCUGCUGAUCAUGAACGGCGUCGGAGUUCCCGCACGCGUGCUCCCUAACCUCCUUGCGGAUAAAUACACCGGACCAGUCAAUCUCCUUGUCCCCGUCGCCAUGAUAUCAUCCAUCGCCCUCUUCUCCUGGAUCAGUGUUGUCAACAUCAGUGGACUCUACGUGUUCGCUGUAUUCUACGGCCUCUUCUCGGCAAGCCUUCAAUCACUGUUCCCUGCGAGUCUGGCGUCGCUGACGGUGGACUUGUCGAAGAUUGGCGUCCGCACGGGCAUGAUUUUGACGGUUGUUAGCUUUGCGGCGCUGACGGGCUCGCCGAUUGCGGGGGCUUUGGUGCAGCGUGGUAAUGGGAGUUAUAAAUACGCUCAGAUCUUUGCUGCGGUUAGCAUGUUUGUCGGGACUUUGUUGCUGGUUGUGGCUCGGGCUUCGAAGACUGGCUUAAGGCUCAAUGCGAGGAUGUGA